AGUUUUAAUCAUCCGCCCAUGAUGCUAACAUGGUUUACCAAGCGCGCCAGUGUUUAAAAAGUGUCUUGGUACAUUGUGGUAAAUUAGUGUUUUAUUUUCUUGCUACAAACAGAAGUAAAAUUUUACUAUCUCAUAGAUCUAAAAUAAUUUCUCCAACUUGUUAAAGUAAAUAUCAAUAUUUAUUGAUAAUAAUUUUAUUAUUAUUUUUACGUUUUAAUUCAGGUUAAUGCUAGAUCGCAGUGAGCCUAGCCGCAAAUAUGACAUUUCAAAAUCUCACGUGAGAGGGACAUGUCCCUCUGUGCGGCUCACGGAACCCCCUACAAGGGGCUAUUUGUCCUAAUUUUAGUUUUCGUCGCACUAGAGUACUUUUUCAAUUCAAUAUCGGAUACCAAAGAUGCAGUUUUCAACACUACCAGUACCAGACCGUCAUCUUACUACGAUAAAUCGGCUAUCAACUACGGCCCUCUUCUGAAAACGCUUCUGUUCAAAAACCAUCCGAAAAACUCAACCAAUAACUCUUCUUUAUCUCGCCACCCUGUUCCCUCGAGAAUUUAUUACAAAUCUGCCAAAUUCCUGCUUAACAUCUCCAACUUUGAAUAUAUCGUUACCAUACCUCCAUUUUUAACGGAAAAUAUUACGUCGACUUACGGGGUAAUAAGCUCGCAGACUGGUUCUGUGGUCAGUUCUUACGAAAGUCAAAAAAAUGAAAAUGUUUCCGCUAGUUUGGAGGAGAAACUUCCUAGCAGUACCGAAAUGCCUUUGUGUCCGGAUAUAUCACAGACUUUAUAUGGUAGGGUUCAAAUAGUUCGAUAUCCCGUUCCGUCAGUCCAAAGUCUGGAAGAAAGAUUUUCCUGGCUUAGACCGGGGGGACAUUGGUCACCGCCGAAAUGCUCUGCGGAGAAAAAAGUCGCCAUCGUCAUACCGUUCAGGUGCAGAGGAGAACACCUGUUGUUAUUUUUGCAGCAUAUGCACCCUUUUCUCAAGAAACAACAGCUGGACUACACGAUUUUCGUAGUCGAGCAAGAAGGAGAUGGACCAUUUAACAGGGCCAUGCUAAUGAACGUUGGAUACGUCGAAGCAUUGAAGCAAAACGACUUCGACUGUUUCAUAUUCCAUGAUAUCGACCUUUUGCCUGAAGACGACAGAAAUAUUUAUUCUUGUCCCCAACAGCCCAGACACAUGAGCGUAGCCGUCGAUAUAUUUAAAUACAAGUUGCCAUACCCAGCAAUUUUUGGUGGAGUUUCUGCCAUAAGUACCGAACAUUUUAAGCUGCUUAAUGGGUUCUCCAACUCCUUCUGGGGUUGGGGUGGUGAAGAUGACGAUAUGUCCAACAGAAUCAGGCACCACCAUCUCUACAUCUCCAGAUAUCCCAUUACCAUCGCAAGAUAUACCAUGCUGACCCAUACGAAAGAUAAACCGAAUCCGAAUAGAUACGACAUUUUGAGAAAAGGCCAAAAAAUGUUUGACAAAGACGGUUUAAACAAUUUAUCCUACGAACUGGUAAGGAAAAAACAGAAGUUACUCUACACAUGGAUAUUAGUAAAAUUAAAUCAUCCAAAGAAGAGCUAAUAGUGGGGUAAUUAAUGUAGAAAAAAAAUCGGCGCACAACUUAGUGAACCCAAUGUGAGAUUUUUUACACAAAAUUUAUAAUUAGCUAAUUUAAAUUUACUAACAAAUUAUUAAUUAAUUUUUCCUAUUAAUUUGUAUUAAAAGUUACAGGGUCUUAAGUAAGAUAGAGUUAUGUUUACUUGGUUCGAUUUUUUGUCCUUUUGUUAUUUGUUUAUAAACGAAAAAUGAAGUUUAAAAAGGAAAAUGUUACGUUUAUAAAAAUAUAUUUCGUUGUGAUUUCAUUAUUCUAGAUGUCUUGUUGUCGUGUUAUUUGUUGCUCAUUGUCCAUUAGGUAUUGAAAAAUAAAUUUGAUAAGAGACAAAAAUAAAAAAAAAUGUCGAAAUGAUUAUUAAAGAAACGAAAAGAACACCUAUUUUAAUAGCAUAAAUAUAGAUUAUUGCUACAAUUUAUUGUAAAUAUAGAUCAGUAGCUGGUAGGUGCCAAAAAAAUUUUUUUUUACUUUAAAUGUUGUUUGUAUAACUAACUUAAAUAUAUUAUCUAUGUGCUUUUCAAUUUUGAGGCUUAAAAUAACAUUUCUACAAUAGUAUCAGAAAAUUAUAAAUGCUUUUGUGUUAAUAUCACCUUAAAAUAUCUAUUAGUUAACACAAACUAUAAAAGUUUCUUAAAAAUACGCUUAGCUAUCAAAUAUAUAGGGUGUUCUUUGUAUAUAAAUGCAAAGUAUUUUAACGACUUGCAUAUUUGAUUUCGAAAAACAAAAAUGCAAGUUAUAGUAAUUGAUACAGUAAAAAGGGUUGCAUUUUUAUAGUGAACACCUUGUAUGUAAAUAAAGACUAUAUCAUAUCCGUUCCGGUUGAAGCUAAUAUAGUGAUAUGGGUAAACAAGUGAGUUCUGAUUUAUUCCAACCAACACAGAUAUUUUGAUUUGUAUCAAUAGUAUUUCAGAAAUAAAAAUUUUCAUCUUACUUUAUCACAAAUAUUUUCAAAUUCAAAUAAAUAUGUCUACGACUAAUAGAUAAUCACUGUGAUGGCUUCAAUUUAAACUCGUUGUGAAUUAUAUUAUUUUCAUAGAUUUUAUAUGUGAAAUAUGCUACAAUUUAUUAGCAGAAUUUGUUUUAUGUUGGCUGUGACAAAAUACGUUAAAUAAUAGGCUUAAGGAAAGCAAACUAAAAAUGGUGAGUCGAGAGUUGCAUAAAAUAAAUGUAAGCCCAAUUUUAAAUGGCAAAAACUAAUAUAUGAUUGCUGAGAAUUUAAUCAUCUAUUAGAGAAAAUAAACGAAAUAACAUGAUUACUCUUUAUCAUAACAUAUUUGUGUUGGAUAAACUUUUUAUUACAAAAAGUAUGAACAUAAUUUAAUCACAUUUAGUUUGUUUUAAAUACAAAUAAAUCUUUAAAAUCUUCUUUUGUUAUCCACAGUUUAAGGUUAUGAAGUAUGUAUUUUACUUCAUGAAGCGAUUAAAUAAAUGGCAAUUUGCCAUAUUUUUCUAUAGAUCACGCUGUAUAAUUAUCACAAAUUUAGAAAUGGAGGUGCAACUCUUGACUCAUACUGUAUAUUUUUUCGCCACAAUGCCACUAUUCUAGACAUUAUAAUUGCCAUUAUAUAGCUUCUGAAAUUUUAAGAUUUUUAAAGUUACCACAAUUUAAACAAUUCCAGAAAUGUGAUAUUCCUCGUAACGUUUGAAAUAAAAUGAGAUUUUUUAUUAU